CAGAAGCAAACAGAACUCUCUCUCUCCAGUCUCUCUCCCUCUCCACCUCCCCCAUGUGAGGUGAAGCUGUCCCCUUCUCUCUCUCUCUCUCCUCUUGGACACAGAGCCCUCACCUUGCCUUAUCACCAAUUCACCAUACAAGUCGAUCAGUCACCGCUGCAUUUGUUUCGGUGCACUCGGUCUGUGUGCUGGUGCUGCUUGCUGCCUUUGGUCUCUGCUUUGGUCCUCUUCCUCUCCUUCCUGGAGCCUCCCUUCACUCCUUGGUUGGGUCAACUGUCUCUGCUCUUUUUUCUUCCCUGCUCUUUGAUUGCUUCCACCGUUGCAGCUGUUCUUGGCAGGUUUCUCAGUCCGUUCCCGUGGUUGUUGCCGUUGCAGUUUCUAACUGUUCUUGCUUCUGUCAGAGUCAGAGUGGUAGGAUAUAGAAGCCAGAAAGGUGGCAAAAUCUUGAGCUUUAUAGGCUCAUCUUCCCUGCUCUGUGUGGAUCUCUGAACAAGUUCUGAGCUUCUGAGCAGGAGAAUAAUCUGACCUGGUUUCUCUUGCCCAAAAAAGAAGAUUCUGAGGCAGCUUCCAGUUCUUGGCUUCUUCUACUUGGAUUGUUUGCUUCCUCUAAUGGUGGAUCCGAGUUAGUUUGCUGCGAAAAGGAAGAGACGCCCUUGGACAAGAUGAGAGCUUUAAGCAUACUCGGCGUUGGGCUCGCGGUGGUGUCUGCGCUGCUCCUGCUGGCGCUCACCGCCGAGCUCUACUACAUCUUUGUGCACAAGCGCAGGCUGCAUCGCCGCGCCGCCGCAAUCUCCGACGCGGCCUCGUCGCCUUCCUCCUCCUCCCGUGAGCUGCUCCAGCUCUUCUGCUUCAAGAAGCCGCCCGCUCUGGCGACCACCUACGCGGUAAAGGAGCCGCACGCCGGCGGCGCCGCUGUGGCAAUGGCCGUCGUCGAGGACGACGACGACGACGAGACGGUGGAGGCGCAGCUGAUGCGGCUGGGUAGCCUCGUCGGCCCGCCGCGGCUGCUGUUCACCAUCAAGGAGGAGACCAGGGAGGACCUCGAGUCCGAGGACGGCCGGAGCAGGUGCGGCAGGAGCCGGAGCCUCGGCGAGCUGCUGCAUUGCUCGGACACGCCGGUAUCCUCGCCGGUGCCACCGUCGAUGGCGGCUACGGACAACUCCUACAACCCGCUGUUCGAGUCCCCGGCGGCGAGCCCGGCCCCUGCACCGACGGUGUCGCCGCCGCCCAAGUUCCAGUUCCUCAAGGACGCGGAGGAGAAGCUGUACCGGCGGGCGCUGGCCGAGGAGGCGAUGCGGGCGCGGAGGUCGCCGCCGCCGCAGCCACUGUCGCCGGCGUCCUGCGAGGAGGACGGCGGGUACAUCACGAUCGUGGUGGGGAAGAACAACCGGGUCAUCCCCCUGCCGUCGCCACCCACCGGCGGUGGCCAUCAGUGAGUAGUGAGCUGUUCUGAUGGAGGAUUUCAUUAACUUGUUUGAUACUAUGCACUGCUCUAGUGUAGCUCUUGUGAUGUGUAAACUUUCAUUUUUCUUUGGCAUAUGGUCUUCUGAUCAUGCCAAACUGGAUCACUGGAUGUAUAUAACAUCAAAAUGCUGAGGAAUUGAUAAUCUCAAAUCAACAUGCUUUUUUUUAUCCGGUGUC